CCAAACCUGGUGCUGUCUGACUGCCAGGUGGCUCAUUAUUUAUCCCUGUAAAACCCUGCAAAAGUAUUUGAAAGGGAAGAAGGGACAGAAAACUCCCUCUUUUUCCAAGUUAGCCUUAUAGUCUAGGGCUUAAAAUACUGGUUUAAUGGUGAAGGUAAGUGCUUUUCUUCUUUAUGGGUAGAAGGAUAAUUACUAACUUACCAAAGGUCCAUUAAGGGGAGGGAACAGUUUUAGGAGAAGUCAGAGAAAAGACAUUAACAGCAACAUAAGGAUCUCCAUCUGGUAAUAUUGCCUAAUUCCAAAAUGAAGAGACUUUCUGAAAAAGAUAACUGAUUCAAUCAAGACCCUAGGGCAAGGCUUGAGAAGCCACUGGUUCACCAAUGGACACUGUGGACAAUGGUCAUUUCUCCAAGGACGCUCUGCACUCAGAAAGGAGCCUUAUCUUCAUUGAACAGAUGAGGAAAUGAAUGAUUAGAGAAUUUAAAUGACUAACUCUAGGUCACACAGCUGGAAGUUAUAGCCAGAUUUCCUUUUAACAAUCCUGUAACCAAAAGCAUACCAGUGGUGCCCUAUAAAAUGUAAGUUAUGGAGCUGUGUUGGGUCAAAACUUUUACUGAUGCUAAGAGGAGGCAACAUUAACAAGGGGAAAUUAUUUGUAUAUUAUGUUUUGGAUUAUGUUCUCUCCAUAGAUAAAAGACUGUUGUAGUAAAAGAGAUUCAGGGCACAGGGAAACUCCACCACAAAGCGUGGUACCAUUUCCCACAGAAGCUAAAUGGACGGGAAGCCUGCCACCAGGAAAGGUCCAGAUUUCUGUUCAUUACGCUAUGGGCUGGCUCUUAUCAUGCACUUCUCAAACUUCACCAUGAUAACUCAGCGUGUGAGUCUGAGCAUUGCAAUCAUUGCCAUGGUGAACACCACUCAGCAGCAUGCUCUAUCUAAUGCCUCCACUGAGGGGCCUGUUGCAGACGCCCUCAAUAACUCCAGCAUAUCCAUCAAGGAAUCUGAUACAAAGGCCUCUGUGUAUCAGUGGAGCCCAGAAACUCAGGGUAUCAUCUUUAGCUCCAUCAACUAUGGGAUAAUACUGACUCUGAUCCCAAGUGGAUAUUUAGCAGGGAUAUUUGGAGCAAAAAAAAUGCUUGGUGCUGGUUUGCUGAUCUCUUCCCUUCUCACCCUCUUUACACCAUUGGCUGCUGACUUCGGAGUGAUUUUGGUCAUUGUGGUUCGGACGGUCCAGGGCAUGGCCCAGGGAAUGGCAUGGACAGGUCAGUUUACUAUUUGGGCAAAGUGGGCUCCUCCACUUGAACGAAGCAAGCUCACCACCAUUGCAGGAUCAGGAUCAGCAUUUGGAUCCUUCAUCAUCCUCUGUGUGGGGGGACUAAUCUCACAGGCCUUGGGCUGGCCUUUUAUCUUCUACAUCUUUGGUAGCACUGGCUGUGUCUGCUGUCUCCUAUGGUUCACAGUGAUUUAUGAUGACCCCAUGCAUCACCCAUGCAUAAGUGUUAGGGAAAAGGAGCACAUCGUGUCCUCACUGGCUCAACAGCCCAGUUCUCCUAGACGUGCUGUCCCCAUAAAAGCGAUGGUCACAUGCCUACCACUUUGGGCCAUUUUCCUGGGUUUUUUCAGCCAUUUCUGGUUGUGCACCAUCAUCCUAACAUACCUACCAACGUACAUCAGUACUCUGCUCCAUGUUAACAUCAGAGAUAGUGGAGUUCUGUCCUCUCUGCCUUUUAUUGCUGCUGCAAGCUGUACAAUUCUAGGAGGUCAGCUGGCAGAUUUCCUUUUGUCCAGGAAUCUUCUCAGAUUGAUCACUGUGCGAAAGCUCUUCUCAUCUCUUGGGCUCCUCCUUCCAUCAAUAUGUGCUGUGGCCCUGCCCUUUGUGGCAUCCAGUUACGUGAUAACCAUUAUUUUGCUGAUACUUAUUCCUGGGACCAGUAACCUAUGUGACUCAGGGUUUAUCAUCAACACCUUAGAUAUCGCGCCCAGAUAUGCAAGUUUCCUCAUGGGAAUCUCAAGAGGAUUUGGGCUCAUCGCAGGAAUCAUCUCUUCCACUGCCACUGGAUUCCUCAUCAGUCAGGAUUUUGAGUCUGGUUGGAGGAAUGUCUUUUUCCUGUCUGCUGCAGUCAACAUGUUUGGCCUGGUCUUUUACGUCACAUUUGGGCAAGCAGAACUUCAAGACUGGGCCAAAGAGAGGACCCUCACCCGCCUCUGAGGACAUAAAGUUACAAACUUAAAUGCAGUACUGAGCAUGAACUUUUUAAACAUUUUUUACUUAUCUUCAUAUUCUUGACCAUAGACUCAGCAGUUCUUAACUCUCGCUGUGUGUUAGUCUUCCCUGGGGAGCCUUUAUAAGAUACUGAUGCCUGGGACUCACUCCAGGGAUUCUGAAUGAAUUGGUCUGGGGUGGAACCCAGAUACCACUAAUUUUUAGAUACUCCUUAGAGGUUUCUAGCAUGUACCUGGGGUUGACAACAGCUGGACAAACUUGAAAAUCCAUGUGGCCUUUGAAUUUUCCUCAUUGGAAAGUACUAAAUAAAUAAAAAUUCAUGUGAAAAUGAUCACUGAUAAAUAUCUUCAUAGUGGGGCAGGUUAUUGGAUACAGAGAAGAGCUGCUCGGAAUUGUAACCAUAUGUUACAGAUCUCAGCACCCAUCAGAACUGUAAAGCUAUAAUCCCCAGAAUUAAAGUUUUUAUUAUUUUUUAUACAUUGUAAAACAUGGACGUUUAUUUAUGUGGUUAAAUUCUAUUAAAAUUUACAUGCUAAAAUAAAA